CCUAAGUGCCCCGCGUCGUUCUUGCUGGCGAGAAGGUAGCGCGGGACAUGUGACAACCUCGGAGGAGAUGGGAUACAUGAGCAGGGAAGAGAGUGACGUCCUCCUUCCCCGUCAGCUCUGGCCCAGCAAGCUUAAGUACAUCCUGGCCAUGAUGUACCUGAUGAUGCUGGCUAGUCUCUGGCACUUUGUCUUACAGUGGCUUCACAGAGGAGGCUGCAGCUUCCUUAUAAUGUACAUCUUAAUGUUGUUCUGGGUUGGAAUUUCUCUCUUCCUGAAGAUGGCCGUUGGCUAGAGGGCACAGCAUGGCAGCAUUGACCUGUGAAAGACCCUGGGUCCCUGGUUUGGUGGACUGGGAUACAGCAUUUUCUUGGUGUGCUUCAUCACCAACACCUACAUGAAUCUGUUUAACUCCUGGGUCCUCUUCUACAUGAGCCGCAUAUUCUCCUUGGCUGCUCUACGGCAGCCCUGUCCCUUAUGAAGGAACUCCAGUGGCUUUGAUCCUGAAUGUGAGCAGGCAACACCCUACACGUACCUUUGGUGCCGGCAGACCCUGAAAGUGAGGAUGGAGGGGCCUCUAGCCUUCAACCUGGGCAUAGCCCUCUCUCUGGCUUGGUGUCUCGUUUGUGUUUUCAUGAUCAGUGGGGCCAAGUCCUUUGAGAAGUCUCUGCUGACAUACUGCACUCUGCACAGAUUCCACACCACACUUCCCUAUUUCGUCAUCCUCUGCUGCGUCUUCCGGACUCUGCCCUCGGAGGGCACAGACGAUGGGCUUAAAUACCCGCUAGUUCUCAAGGUGGCAAGCAUUUACGACCCAACCGUGUGGUCCCAAGCAGACCUAGGCUUCGGGCCCAUCGUCUACUUGUCCUCACAUAUGCCUGACUUCAACAACUGUCUGGGGGACGCCUUCCUUAUGGCCCUGAUCAAGACGCUCACCUUGCUGUUCGUAUGCUCGAUCCUGGGCUUCUGGGCCACCAUAACCACACAUCGCUGCUGCAAGAAGAACACAGAGACAGUUAUGAUGCUGGUAGCCCAGGGGAUCCUGCCUCCUGAGGUGCAGCCCCCUGACCUGACGAACAACCCGACCUCCACCUACAAUUCCUGGCUCAACAGCCUCCUGCCACCCGUGAGGAGCGCCGUCCUCAGCAAGGUGCCCAAAUGCAACAUCCAGAAGCAUUUUCUGAAGGUCAAGGAGAGCCCCGGCUUUGUGUUCCUGACCUUCGCUGAGGUCAUCUCUCUGCUCCCCGGGUCGUCCUUCUGAACUGUGCUCUUUUUCCUGCUGCUGAGUCUGAGUUUGUGUGCCAUGGUGACGUCCAUGCUGGGCAUCAUCAUCAUCCCACUCCAGGACACCUUCUUCUUCAGGAGACAGCCAAGGACUCUCACAGUGGGUGCUUCCGUGGUGAUGUUCCUGUGCGGCCUCGUCUUCAUCCAACCUUCAGGCAUCUAUUACUUUUGACUACUGAGUGAAUACUGGGUCGCCCUGCCCAUCAUCAGCAUCAUCAUGUGUGAAAACCUUGCUAUAGCCUGGGCUUACAAGGCCAAGAGGUGAAGGCCCGUGCCAGGCCCCCGGAGCAUGGAUCUUUUGGGAGGGUUGACAGCUUUCCUGUUGUGUCUAAUGUCAAGCCAGAGUGUCACAAGAGCCCUUAACGUCAAGGCCUCUGAGAAAUGUUGGUUUCAUGUGCUUCAGGGACACUGCAUAAAGUCAGGUUAGCACUG